AUGGCCGACCGAGGAGAAGGCUAUAACGCCCGCUUGGGCGUGAACACAAACGAGAUCCCGACGCCGCAACACUUGCCCAACGCGACGUCGGGCGCAGAACAAGACCGGUACGGCGGCUGGUUCGGCGGAAGGGCCGCUGACAAGGUCGGCGAGAAGAUGGACCAGGCCGCAGAGAAAAUCAGAGACAAUGUGCCCCGCGGUACUGCAGCCGAGCAGGAGCGUGUUGCCGGCUGGUUCGGCGACAAGGCCGACAAGGCCGGUCACAAGAUCGACCAGGCCGCCGAGACGAUCAAGGAGAACCUCCCCCGCGGCGCCGGCGCCGAACAAGAACGUUACGGCGGUUGGUUCGGCGGCAAGGGAGACCAAGCCACUGAGAAGCUCCGACAGAACCUCCCACGCGGCUCUGGUGCCGAGCAGGACCGUUACGAGGGCUGGUUUGGCGGCGACAAGCUCCCCUCAGCUGACAAGCUCGGCGAGAAGCUGCCGCACGUCUCGGGCGCCGAGCAGGACCGCUACAACCGCUGGUUCGGUGGCGACAAGGGCCCCUCCGGUACCUGGGUCAAGGAGCAUCUCCCCCAGACUUCGGGUGCCGAGCAGGACCGCUACGCUGCCCACUGGGAGGGCGCCGUGGACAAGGUCACCGACAAGAUCAAAGAGAAGUUCCCGCGCGGCACCGCAGCCGAGCAGGAGCGUGUUGCCGGCUGGUUUGGCGACAAGGCCGACAAGGCCGGUCACAAGAUCGACCAAGCUGCCGAGAAGAUCAAGGAGAAUAUCCCGCGCGGUGCUGGCGCCGAGCAGGAGCGCUUCGGUGGCUGGUUCGGCGGAGACAAGCUGCCGUCCGCCUCUAAAGUCAAGGAGCAUAUUCCCCAGACUUCAGGAGCCGAGCAAGAUCGCUUCGGUUCCCACUUCGAAGGCAAGGCCCCGUCGGCAGAGCGCAUCUACAACAAGCUUCCUAGAGUGUCCGGCGCGGAACAGGACCGAUACAGCUCUCACUUCAGCCUUCACCCGAGCAACCCUGUCAACACCGCAACGACGACGACGCUCGGUCUGCUCCAGAACGCCCUCCUUCCCUCCUUCGGCAUGCACGCCGGUCUCAGCACCGUCACAUACGCCGUGGCUCGUUACACCAACAGAGCCGAGGUCAAGGACUGGCUUUGGCCCUCGGGCAUGGUCGCCAACGCCUGGUGGACCGCCAUCGGAACGCGUGUGGCCAACGACGGCCUCUCUAUCUCCUCUGCAUGGAACUCCCUCGGUUAUACCCAGAAGCUGCUCCUCACCGGAGUCAGCGCCUGGGGUCUGCGUCUGCUCUACCGCAUCGCAUCCCGCAGCGUAAAGCGCGGCAAGGAUGAUGCCCGCUACGUGGAAGCCAAGAAGAAGGACCCCCACUUCUGGGACAAGGCCUUCUUCACCAUGUUCCUUCCCGAGGCUGCGCUGCAGGCACUGAUCUCUCUGCCGUUUACUCUGCCGUUCCGUGCGCCUCUCACCAGCGCUAGCGCCUCACCCUUCACCGACUACCCCGAGACCUUCCACAGCUUGGCUGUCUUCCUCUUCACCACCGGCUUCGCCCUUGAGACCCUCGCCGAUACCCAGCUUGAGAACCACUCUCGCAAGAGCAACGAGCUCACCCGUGAGGGCGUCUGGAGCAUCGUCCGCCACCCCAACUACCUCGGCGACGCCCUCUGCCACUUGUCUUUCCCCGUUCUGCUCUACAGCGCCGGCAUGAUGCACCCCCUCGCCGUCCUCGGACCCAUCUUCAACUACGUCGUCCUCCGCUACCUCGGCGGCGACAAGGAGAACGAAGCCAACCAGGAGGUGCGCUACGCCAAGGAGAACCCGCUCAAGUUCCAGCAGCUGCAGGAGUACAAGCGGGACAAGAACAGCUUCUGGCCCAGCCUCGGCGAGUACGACAACAAGUGGGUGUGGAUCGUUGCCGCGUCUGGUGUUGCCGGUGCUGUUGUCGAGAGAGGCCUGCUUGCCUACUUCCGUGGUUGA